ACAUAUACAGUACAAUACAUACAUACAUAUUACAUCCUCUUCAUCCCACCUUAUCAAUUUGUGCUCCACAAAAACCCUACCAACUUUCCCCUUCAAAUCCACACUCUUCACAUCACUAAUUCCAAAAUUCCUCUAGGGUUUCUUCGAUCUCCGUUCUCAAUUUCAUAAUUAUUCGAUUCUUUUCGUGCCUUCCGAUUGCAGGUUCUCUAAGGCUAGGGUUAGGGUUUCGUCGCUCUUCAAUUGUUCUUCAAUUGGUCUUCAAUCUCAUGAGAAUUGUUAGGGGAAUGCACAGAUCGUUUCAGCUGGGAGACGAAGAAGAAAUCGGUUGGAAAUCCUUCACUUCCGGCAUUGGAGUCACGUCUCCCAAGGCUAGAACUCGUGAUAAAUCUAAAUCUAGGGUUUUAUAAUAGUAAUUUUUGAGAAAAAAAGGAAAAAGUUUCGAUCUUUUUUUUGUUUUUAGGGUUUCAAUUUGGGAAAUCAUGACUCGUGUGUUUGUUCAGAGAGGCAGUGGAUCAUCAUCUUCUUCUUCAUCCGGUAAUAAUAACAAUAAUAGUAAUAACAAUAAUUCGAAUAGGUCAUCUGCACAAACUGCAGGGGAUGAUGUUGAACAACAACAACAACAACAACAACAACAGGUUGUUUGUGAAGAUGUUCCGGUUGAGAGCGAAAAGGUUGAUAAAACUGAUGAUGUUGUUGAGGUUACUGUUACUGAGAAGGUCGAAAACGAGGCGGUGGGGACGGGUUGUUUGAGGGUAAUUGAGGAAGGGGAGAAGGAUGGGUUAGAAAUGGAUGAUUGUCCGGUUUCGGGUGUUGGUGGGAGUGGGUAUCCACCGCCACCACCUGCUCCGCCGCCGAAACCGUCGUCGAGUUUUGGUUCUAGGAGAUUUGGGAAUUCUUCUAGGAGGGCUACUGCGUGGCCGGUUGUUAACGCGAGGACGUCGCCGGUGGAAACGAGGUCUUCGUUGAAUUGUGAGAAUGAUGGAUAUAACAGUGCGGAUGAACAGAACGCUUGCUUUGGAACGUCUUAUGGUGAUGCUGAAAGGGAACGUCAAUUCGAGCUUGAUAUUAGACGCACAAAAGGUUAUGAAGUUAAAAGAAUGCUGGAAGAUGGAAAUUGUUUGUUUCGUGCUGUUGCAGAUCAAGUUUACGGGGAUUCUGAAGCAUAUGAUUUGGCUAGACAAAUGUGCAUAGAUUACAUGGAACGCGAAAGAGACCACUUCUCUCAGUUUAUAACAGAAGGUUUCACUUCUUAUUGCAAGAGGAAAAGAAGGGAUAAAGUCUAUGGGAACAAUGUUGAGAUUCAAGCAUUAUCUGAAAUGUACAACCGGCCUAUUCAUAUAUAUUCUUAUAGCACUGAGCCAAUAAACAUAUUUCAUGGGAGCUAUAAUACAGACACACCUCCUAUCCGGUUAAGUUAUCAUCACGGCAACCACUACAAUUCUCUUGUUGACCCGCGUAGGUUGACCAUAGGUGCUGGGCUCGGUUUUAGCUCCCUGCAAGGGGCAAACGUUGAUAAAGAUCAAGUGAAAGCAGCAAUCAAAGCUCAACAAGACCAACAGAUUGAUAAUGCUCUUCUAGCGGAGGCCCGAUUCUGCUCUGAUGUGGAAUUAACCGAGAAAGAAAUCGAGCGUAUGGUGAUGGAAGCUUCACGGGCAGAAUAUAUGGCUAACGACAAGUUUAAGCAGCAACUGGGUCGAAGAGAAUCUUCAACAUCCGAUGCUGAACCAUCGUCUUCUGGUGGCACAGGGCCAUCGGGAAGUGAGAGCAAGGGUUCAGAAGGGUCGGUGUUAUGCAACAGUAUGCAAAUGGUGCUGUCGAUGGGGUUCAGCUAUGUGCAGGCGAUGGAAGCUUACAGUAUAUUUGGAGAUGAUGUUGAUUCGAUGGUUUGUUAUCUUCUUGAAACCAGCAGCAGGCGCAAAGGCAAGGCUACCGAAUAAGAAACAAGAAACGCAUUGUGCUUUUGUGUAAUAAUAACAGCGGCCAGAAGUAUUAUGUUUAUAGGGACUUUUAGUUACUACAGUGGUAUUAACGAAUAAUAUGGUGUUGCAAAGUUGUGGAAUAAUAUGCCUUUGUGUGGGUUGAAUCUUUGGAAAUAUUGUGUUUAGUCUCGGCCUCGGCCUCUUUUCUU